AAACUAGUGAGAAUCGAGAGCUGACGCGCGUUUGGUGCGCUUUUCGCGUUUUUCAGUUUUUGCCCACUGCUUUUUUUCAGUUUACACAUUUUUUUAUACCCCCACCUGUCGUUAACGGCUCAUCGCUCGUCUCAAGCCGAUCGGAACGUUAAGGGUAGAAAUAACUAAACGACAAUAAUAUUCAGUGUUGAUGUUUGGGCGCUAUAUAGGUUAGGUUGCCGCAUGCUUUUUUAGUAGUAUUAAAUAAUGUGCUGACAGUAUGAGAAGAAUUGCCAGGUCGUUGUUUGUUGUUGUUCUUUACCUUUGAAUAACCACCACCCCGUGCUUUGAAUUCCACCCGGUUCGGAUAUGUGAGAAUGGUGAAAAUGAGCGAACCAGCGAGGACCAUGACUCCUCAGCAGCAGAACACUGCCAUCAGGGUUGGCUUCUACGAUGUGCUCAGGACAAUUGGCAAGGGCAACUUUGCAGUUGUCAAAUUGGCCAGGCACCGCAUCACCAAAUCUGAGGUUGCGAUAAAGAUAAUCGACAAAUCCCAACUAGAUGCCGUCAAUCUGGAGAAAGUUUACCGAGAGGUUGACAUAAUGAAGCUGUUAGACCAUCCGCACAUCAUUAAACUCUAUCAGGUCAUGGAGACAAAAAAUAUGAUCUACAUUGUAUCGGAAUAUGCUAGUCAAGGAGAGAUAUUCGAUUACAUAGCUCGACACGGUCGUAUGUCGGAGAGUGGAGCCCGACGUAAAUUCUGGCAGAUUCUGUCAGCGGUGGAGUACUGCCACAAUCACAGAGUCGUGCAUAGAGAUCUCAAGGCUGAAAACUUACUGUUGGACGCGAAUAUGAACAUAAAAAUAGCGGAUUUCGGCUUCAGCAACUAUUACACGCCGGGUGAGCAGCUGGCUACGUGGUGUGGGUCCCCCCCUUACGCCGCUCCCGAGGUAUUCGAGGGCAAAAAGUAUACUGGCCCGGAAAUUGACAUUUGGAGCCUUGGAGUGGUGCUGUACGUGCUGGUAUGUGGGGCGCUGCCUUUCGACGGCUCCACUCUGCACAACCUCAGGGACAGGGUGCUUUCUGGCAGGUUCCGGAUACCCUACUUCAUGAGCACAGAGUGCGAGUCGCUGAUAAGAAAGAUGCUGGUGCUGGAGCCAAGCAAGCGUUACAGUGUGGAUCAGAUCAAGCGCCACCGCUGGAUGAUGGAAGAGGCGCCUCGGCUGCUUCCCAGCGCCACGACGCCAGGCGUCGACUGUAAACUCGAACCCAACGAGCAGAUCAUACGCCUCAUGCAGAGUCUAGGCAUCGAUGCUGUGCGCACUAGAGAGUCUGUUCGGAAUGGCAGCUACGACCACCAUGCAGCAAUCUACUUCCUACUGGUUGAAAGACUGAGACAACAUCGCAGCAGUAGCUUCACACUGCCACAAGAGCCAUCCACAACAUCAACCACAACCACCGGUUCUAGUCUUGCAGGCGAGAAGCCAAAAACAGCCGAUACUGUUCAAGGACAAGUGAAGCGCAGGCCAAGUUCAAUAGCAGAACAGGCCAUGAGAAAACUGGGGUUAACUGGCAGUCCACAAAUGCCAGGAGUGCUUGAUAAGAGACAUACUCCCAGUCCUCAGCCGGCUCCUGAUAAUGAAAUGUUCCCCACCACUCAGAGAUCGAAUAGUUUCAGCAGAGGCAGUCACCACCCUCCACCUUUCAGAGACUCCACAUCAAUGCCGCAGCAACCAAACCCAAUACAAUCUAGUCACACACAACCAAUGUUUUACCAGUUUGGUGAUAGCAGCAAUGAGGUGACAUCAUCCACUGAAUCCGACUAUUCCAAAGUGCAGUUCUCUUCUGAUCUUGUCUACUCACUGCCCAGGUAUACAAAUCCAUCAAUAGGAUCCUUCUCCACGGGAGUCAGUUCGUAUUCAAGGCAAGAAGGACAUGGCAUGACUCCACAGUACUCGAGCUCAACUGAUGAGGGUCUAGAAACUGAUCCGGAGGACAGUAUACCACCUGUACAUCUGCAUCACCGGUCCCAGCAGAGGCUGUCAUAUGCCAGCUCUUCAUCAUCCAGUGGAGUUGGCGUACACAACAAAAGUUUAAGUCAGCAUUUAAGUUCAGACUCAUCUUGUUCCUCAUCUCACGUCUCUUCCUUACAAAGCAACUUCUCAACAUUUGAAAACAGUCUUGACUACCAAUUCGAUCAGCUACAGUCAGAUCUUGCUUCAAGUUUACCAUCAUGUACAGGCCCAACUGUCGAUAGGCCUUCAAUAUCUGACAAUGUUGUUAUAAGCACCAGUGCAAUCCAUCCAUUUGUUUAUGUAACAAGUGAAAACAAGUCAUCGUGGAGUAGACACAGUCCUCUGUCCCACAACCAGAGUGUAGGUGGACGACUCACACACAGGAAUAUAACUAGGUCACCGGUUGACUUCAGAGAAGGCAGAAGAGCAUCUGAUGGACUAGUUGCUCAGCAUGGCAAUGCACCAGAAGAAAACCAACAGAAUGUGGGUGUCACAAAACAGCCUGGAAAUAUUGCAUUCAAUAGUCAGAAAUUAAAUGAGACAACCAAAUCGAAAGGUGUGAUGGAACUGCAUUUACAUCUCGUCCAAAGAGAACAUCAAGCUUUACAGAAUCUAUACCAAAGUUCAGUCACUCAGGAGGAGUUGGCCCGAAGACAGAUGCAACACUCUGAGUACAGGAAUCAAGAGAUGCGUCCAUCGAAACGAGGGGAGAACCUUUCUGGAUUCCAAGUCACCCCCACAACAACAGGCGAGCAGCAGGCGCCUUUACAGCAGAUGAUGCAGCACCGAAUGUUGCAACAGAAGCGACAAGGCUUCCAGAAACAGACAACUGCAUUCAACACUCCAACUGGCAGUGCUAGUAUUGACAAUUCAAGCCUUUCUCUGCUACUUAGUAGAAGACAGAUGCUGAGGCAAGCGUCUUACAAGCUUGCUCAGCAAACUCAAAUUGUCCCCCCACUUCCAUUGCAUCCUGACACAAUUAUUGAGGACAGCAGUAAUGGUGCAACUCCUACCCGACAGCUGCCUGCCACUCCUGGGUCGAGUGAUCUGCUGAGGCUGCAGAAUUUCGGUGAUGGAGGUCAGGAGAACUGGCAGUCGCUACAGAGCUCCAUGGCUCUGUGUCAGAUCAGCGAGCCUUCCCAGCAGUCGCCGCUGUGGACGGGGCCACAGACCACUGUCAACCUGUGUGACAGCCUCCUUGUCUCCUCUCUGCCAUGGCAGCCGGUCCAGUCGGGCACUUGGAGCCAUCAUCAGAUCUGUGUUGGAGGUGGUGGUAUAGCGAGGCUAAACAAAAUGUCACCGAUUCAUGAUAUGAGAUCCAAUUCAAAGCAUUUCGUCAACACAAAAUAUUUCCAUAGAUUGUAUCAGAUACAAGAGAUUAUGAGUAGAGAGAUGAGUUCACCGCUAACAACGACCCAGCCACAGCAGCCGUAUGUCACGUGGUCUACCAACCUCUCUCCAAUGCAGCCAGUGUCAGAGAGUCCAAUUCUAGAGCUAUCCGAACAAAUGGAGUCCAUGUAAGAUACACUGCUAGCAACAGUCAACCCUAUAACCAUCUCCACAUCACAGAUCUACAAUCAAUCUCAGCUACUGUGCAAAAAGUUUACAGCUAUUGUUCAUGUUUAGAAACAUGUUAAUUAUUUUUUAUUUUGAACGGCAUUAUCAAACUCAGACAAUCACCACCAUGGUGGAUAUUUACAGUGCAAAUGAUAAGAUAUCCUUCCUUGGCAAUAGCCUUUUGAUUUUGUUAAACUUAAAAUGAUUACAUUCUAAUAUUUUGUGUAUGGGUGAAUUUAGAAUGAAUAAGAGGAAAUCAUAGAAUAAACUAUGACUAUAUAGUAUAAAAAGAUAGGUCCUUUGAAUUGUCAGGAUUAUGAUUGCAUUAAGAUCUAUAAGAAAAUGAGAUAGAGAGCAUUACUUAAAAGAGCUAUUGGAGAAGGUAAUUCAAAGAAGAAAUGAAAUUUCCUUUACUGGGCCAGAUCAAGAGAUGCUUUCGAAAAUUAUCACAUAAUUCACUAGUAGAAAGCGUUACGUGAAAAUUCAAUUCAAACGAAUAACUGUCAUUAGAGCUAUAAAAGUAUCACUAUAGCUCUAGCAAUAUAUCCAGCUUAGAAAGCGCAAAUAUACACACUCCUGUAAUAGCCAUCAAUUUAAUAGUGCAGCUAAAACUCAAAUGAUUUCGAUAGGUCUGUCUUUAUUUUUAGUUCAUGAAUUUGGUGGUAUCCAUUCUUACAAUUUUAAUAUAUAACAUGAAUUUGGUGAAGCAUUGUAGCUUUUCUAUUCAAUGUGUUUUAUAUGUGUCAUUCAGGAAUUCAGGUUUGAUAGAGGAAACUUUCUCUGAACUUUCCAAAGAAAAGGCUCUGUCAUAUUUUACAAUUGGGAAUAAAAGUCUCAAACAAAAUGUACAAUCUAAAAUACGUAUUUUGCGUGAUAUGUGAUAAAAGUUUCUUGUCUGUGGUAUUAUUAUUGAGGUGACCUACUUUGAAUUGUAGAAUAUUGCUGGAUACAGAUUGUAGAUAUGAAUAUCAACUUAACGUAGAUUAUUACUGUGAUCUGAUUGCCAUUGUAGUUUUUAGAUUUCCAAUGUCUAUUUCCACUGUCACAAAAGGUCUAGUCAAUUUUCUGGUAAAAUUCUGUUUGGACUUAAAUUUUCUUCUUCCAAUCAUCAAUAAUGAUAAAGUACUUAUAUUUUGGCUGAUUUUCCCAGAGAAAAAACUGUUUGAAGUAUGAUCCUAAGAUCAAGAAAUGAAAGAGCAUAUUGCAAAGAAUUGGAAAGCAGCUAAAGUGGAUAUGAGUGAAAAGAACUGAAAUUUUCCUAGUAAGCUAGGAGAAAGAAAAAUUGAGAAAUAGCCUAUUUAAAAGUUUUUGGAUGAGAACUUUUCGGAAAUACUAAAGAUGUAAUAGCCCACAAUCAAUUCAUAUACAUACCCCAGAUACGAAUAAAUACUCUCAUUUCAUGAAAUUAUUCCAUAACUUUGACAGGAGUAGGCUAUCUCCUCCAUUCAUUCACUUUAGCAGUUUUCAAUGAGAUAAUAAAAUAAUCCAAUUAUUUUAUUAAAUAUUCUCCAAAUCGAAUCAAAUAAUUAAAAAAAAUACUUUUUAUAUCAUUCGCGAACAAUUUUUGAGGCUCAAUGAGGCUCAUGAAAUCUUGCAUAUCUUGUACAUAAACAUUUUAUAGUAUUUUUAUGUGAUUGUGAAAAUACAAACAGUAAAUUUUUGUAUUGUUAAACCAUAUAUUGUUUCAGACUUAUUGUACAAUCAUUUCUACGAAUUAAAAUCUGUAAAAAUUCAAUUGAAAAAUAUGCAUAUUAAUAUCAAUUUAUUCUUCUCAUUUAUUAAAGCAACCUAUCAAUUUCUAAAGUGUUCGGAAAUUUCAAAGAGCUCAUGCUCUAUCAGUGUAUGAGUUCAAACCUCAGUGUGUACAAAAUAAUAAUAAUAUCAUCGUAUAAUAAUAAUUAUUACCUAACUAAUUGGUUGUCUAUUUCUAUAACGAAAAUACAUGAAGCUUUCAUAUAAUUGAUCCAAACUGAUAUCAACUAAUGUUGCUGCUGAACCUGAUGAUAUAUUUUUCAUCUUGAUCAAUGUUCAACAAAUGAAAGAAAUUUUGUAAAAUAUGAAUCUAUCGUUUGAGAUGGAUCUUUUUUGUUACUAAUUUAUUACCCCAAUCAUUGUAGGUACUUCAUGUGAUAAUAGUAUUUUAAUAGACCAUUCACUCAACAUUUCCACGAAGUAGAAAAUUUAUCCCACCUUGGUGGUAUCCGUAGGUAUAAAAUCCCAAGUGACACAUCCAUUUUCAAGGAUAAUUUUUAUCCCUUCCUCAACGGUAACAAAAGAGAUUCAUUCUAUUGAUAUAUUGUUGUAAAGUUAUAAUAUGAAAUGCUCAAUGAAUGUGGAAAAUUGCAUAAUUUUUCUAAACAUUUACACCAGACGGCUCAAACAAAUAGAUUUGAGAAGCGAAAUGAUUGUCUCUGAACCUUCUUAUUCAAUAAGAUAAAUUUGAUUGGAAGCUUUUGUAAGAUUGAUGUGUUGACUGCUCACUCCAAUAGUGAUGCAUCCUAUCUUAAUAGAUGCAUCUUAUGUGAUUUUUUUGACAUAUUUUUUUAUUGUUGAUACUGUUAUAAGUGUGUCAUUAGGACUGUUAAUUAUUCAUAAAUUAGAACUGCUGGUUUGUCUCUAGUCAUUUAGUCGUUAUGCUUUAAAUCAGCCGAUAAGCUGUUUUUCAUGAUCUCAAGUUUUUCUAUGAACAUUUGUGGAAUUUGUUAUUGAGACAUUUCACAAACCGUAAAUCUGGCAUGCUUCCCGUCUGAUUCCAUAGUGUUAGAGUGGAAUAUAUUUCAUUCUAAGAAAUUACCCACGAUGAUUCGAAUCACAUUGACUUUCUUUCUAACAAAUCAUCAUUAAUUUCAAUCAAUCAACUUUGGAACAGUUCUACAAUAGAAAUGGAAUUUGAAAUAUUGAUAGUAAUAUUUUUAUUCGCUUCAAUUUCCUUCUUCAUUUUAUCAAAAAAAAUUUCCGAUACUUAUAUAAGCUACAUUAUUCUUCGUAGCUUAUAGGACUGAACUACCGGUGUAAUAAGUUUUUUUUAUUGACAAUAAUAAUUUUGAAAGUCUCAUGCAAAAUAAGGGUUCAAUAUUGUACUAAUAUCAAAAUCUAUUACAUGUAAAGUUUCCUGAGGCAGUUGAAUUAUAAAAAAUACUAUAAGUUUAGUAUGAAUACUACCGUAAUUUUCACCAGACAGAUUGAUAAUGCAAGAUAAUACUAAAAAUCAUCUCCAUUAUUUUAUUUAACAAACAUUGAGUAUUGAGCUUAAGCGAGUAAUUGAAAGAGACAAAUAUUCAAAAUCAAAGAUUCUACCCUAUCAAUUUAUUUGGUGAUCAUACCGCUCAAUGACCUGUGGAGAAACUAUUUCAUCUGGGGACAAGUUUUUUAUCAUCUCAAAUUGAUCAGUUCUAUUUUAGAUCAGUUUGUCAGUUAUUGUAUCGAACACAUGCAAAAAAACAUUGUUCGAGUAAAUUAAUACUUUUCUAAAUUUGAAACCAUUGCAAUUUGCAAUGUGAUAAUUUUUUAGAUUUCCGUACCUUCUUGUGGAGCUUCAUUAAUUGCUGUGAAAACCAAAAAUGAUUAAUAAUUGUUCUACUGAAAUGUUACUGAUAAAUUGAUUCAUAUAUGAUGGUUAUUGAAUGAGAGAGAAAAAGUUUUUUGUUGCUAUAACAUACUAUUUUUUCAAGAACAUUUCCAUUUCUCAAUCAGAAUGCUCAAAAUUAUUCAACACUUUCAACUCACAUCUGGUCUAAAAGCAUACUGUCAAUUGUUUGAAAAAGCUGUAUGAAAUGCACUAUUUAUAUAACUUACUCAUUAGAUAAUGCAACCAGCUUUAAAAAUACUAAACUUAUAUGAAAUAGGUAGUUCGUCUAAUUUUGUGUUUAGGUGAUUAGUAAGAGAGUAGAGAUUAAUAAAUUUUGCAAUAAUAUCGUAAGUGCAGUAGAUUAGUUGUAAGUGAUAGAAGAUCUAAUUAUGAUUCUGUUGAACGAAUUACCGUUUAUUAGUUUAGAAUAAUAAUAUUGUUGUAUUACAUACCCUGCAAGUCAGUGUAUUCUGCUGUUGAUGUAAAUGCUUUUUAUAUUGAUUUACUACAAUAUUAUAAUGCUAGUUAUAUAUACGGUAGCCUAUUUACUCUGCUGGUCGGAGGUAUAGUUAUAAUAAAUUGUUUUCUAACUUUUACAAGAUAUUCAAUUGUAGAUUACGAUACUCAUUUUCCUUACUGGAGGAAGUAUGUAAACAUAAGGAGAUAAUUUCUAGUGUUAAGUAUUUGAUGUUUGAAAAUUUUUAUUAUAACAAUCAUCUUCAUCAUCUCAUCAAACCUGCAUUAUAUUUGUGGAGCAUUUAUAUUGCACAAAUUAUUUUAUUUAAAAACGUUGUAGGUACAAAUUAAAAUAAAAGUAUAUUAUUCUGGACUUGAAAAAAUGGAAUAAUGUGGGUAGGCUACUGGUACUCAAUAAUUUAUUGAUACUGUAUAUUAUAAUGAAUUGCUUGAAUUAUUCAUCGAAUCAGAUCAGAAUAUAUAAUACCAUAGCCACCUCUAAUACAAGGCCGCUGCCUACGAUGUUGCAACGUCGCAGUGUAGGCCUAGAAUCUAAUACAUGAUUGAUGAUGAAGAUUUAAAAAAAUACCAGCUGAUCUUUUCCACCAAUCAUGUAUUAGAUUGUAGGCCUACACUGCGACGUUGCAACAUCGUAGGCCGCGGCCUUGUAUUAGAGGUGGCUAUGAUAAUACACAUGAGCACAGGGAAGAAAACGUGAUUGCAUUAUUGUAUUCUACAGACUAGACAAAUAAUCUGAGUUAUGAUUAUUAUUCAAGCGAUGAGAAAUAUUAUGAAACCCAUAUUAUGAAUAUUUGGAUAGACCAGAUUGCUUAUUAUCACCGCACUAGAAUUUGAAGAAAGUGCUUCUGAUCCAUUUGUGAAAUCAAUUUAUACUGAAUCAUUACAAAUAUUGUCUCUUAAUUGUUUAUUUAUUUAUCAAUUAUUAUCAAUAAAAAUUUAUUUUUCAA